CGUCACAACACCUGGGGGCCGGCGGCCGGGCCCUGCUGCCCUCGCCGCACCGCCCCGGCAGCGGCAGGAUGUUCAUCUGCAUCCGGCACGGAGGUGCGGGGGCGAGGGCGCGGUGCGGGGUGCGGGGCCCGGUCCCCGGCCCGCCCCCCGCAGCUCCGGGUCCCCGCAGACCGGCGGCAGUUCCUGGCCAACACCGACUGCCCCGUGCCGCUGCUGCUGCAGUACGUGCGCGCCCGCCUGGGGCUGCCGCCCGCCGAGCCCAUCGACCUGUGCGACGAGCUGGGCGCGCUCAAGCUGCUCUUCCUGCCCAAGGCGCCCGGCGACCGCGCCGCCAAGUUCCUCGCCCCGCGGGGCACCUACCACGUGUGCCGCCUGCAGCGCGGGGCCCCAGGGACCAAGCAGGAGACCUCGUACCGCGCCUUCGUCCCGCUGCUCAAGGACCCGGAGCCGGAGCUGCUGGAGGCCCUGCGCGCCCAGUGCGAACUGCUGGAGAAGAACCGCCUCAAGCUGAGCCGCGGCCCCGACGGCAAACGCGCGGCGCCGCUGGACGCGCUGCUGGGCCUGGCGCCGUCGCAGAUCCUGGGCCGGGCGGGCGCGCGCGCGGGCCCGGCACCCGCAGCAGCCGCCGAGGAGGAGGGCGCCCCGCGCAGGGCCGGGCCGCCCCCCCGGGCACGCCAGGACUCCGCCAGGAGGGACAAACACCGCGCCGCGCAGUGA